AUGUCACCAACAGAGUCAGAUACAACAUCACAUAUUCUGAUUAUCAAUCGAACAUCCGGUCUUAAACUUGUCGUUCAAGCUUUACUUUCAUCAUUGAGACCAAUUGGUCAUAUUGUUAUUAAUUGUUGUAUAUUCUUUAUUAUCUUUGGUAAUGUUGGUCUUCAGGCUCUACUGACACUAUUUGUUCUUUCAUCAAAAGAUGGUUGGGUACAAAUAAUGUAUAAUGCAAUUGAUGCAGUUGAUGUUGAAAUGCAACCAAUAAGGAAUUAUAGUGAAGCAAAAUCAAUUUAUUUCAUAUCCUUUAUUUCAAUUGUCAGUUUCUUCGUUCUUAAUAUGUUCGUUGGUAUUGUUGUUAAAAAUUUUCGUAGUUGUCAAGCCCAACAAGAACUUGAAGAAGAAGCUCGAAAAAAAGCAAAACGUGGCAAAAAAAUUGAACGUAAACAACGUCUUAUGCGUGAAUUCCCAUAUUAUGCACAUUUUUCACUAUGGCGUAAACGUUUACAUGAUCUAUGCAUUAGUAAAUAUUUUGAUUUAAUUAUUGUUACUAUUAUUGUUUUUAAUGUUGUUACAAUGUCCGUUGAAUAUUAUUCUAUGCCAUCUGUAAAGAAAAACAAAACUGAUUCAUUAAUUGUUUAUAUUAUCAAAACAUUUCGUUUCUAG